CGCAAGCCUCUUCAUCGCUCUUUUAAAUAAGCGUACGUUUGCCAUGGCGGAAUUUGUAGAUAAUUUGCCGGAUGAAGCAAAACUUGUGGCUGAUAAAGCUAAAAUCAAAAGUGCAGAUCAAGCUAUAUUGACACCAACCGCCCACUUGUUGUUGCAAGAGAGUUCACCACAUGAUAUUUAUGUACUUAAGGCGUCUGCAGCCAAAGUGGUGGCCAAGGAAAGUAUCAAGGUUUCAGAUCUACUUGAUCUUCCCUACUGUAUGAAGUGGGCGCGUUUAAGUUUUGGCUGUGAAGCUUUGGAUAAAUGUACACAAGGUGGUAUUGUCACGCGAGGAAUUACCGAAAUUUGUGGCGUGGCCGGAUCGGGGAAAACACAAUUGUUGCUGCAGUUGUCACUGAUGUCUCAGCUACCAUUGGAAUUUGGUGGUCUGGGAGCUGGUGUUGCUUUCAUUUGUACAGAACAUGCGUUUCCAUCUAAACGAUUACAUGAACUUUCCAAAACGUUUACUCAAAAGUAUCCCUCCAUAAAUAUAAACUAUUUGGCCCAAGUUCACGUCCAGCAAAUACACAAUAGUGAACAAUUGUUAAAGUGCUGUGCGGAACAUUUGCCGCCAUUAAUGGCUUCCGAACGUAUACGCUUGAUUAUCAUUGAUUCAGUGGCAGCAGUUUUUCGAACAUAUAGCGACUUUAUACAACGUGCUCGAGAUAUGCGUAAAUUGGCGAAUUGUCUACUUAAUUUAGGCGAUAGAUAUAAUUGUGCAGUGAUUUGUGUAAAUCAAGUAACCAGCAUUAGUAAAAAACAAUCUGAAAUACCAUGUUUGGGUCUAGCCUGGUCGCAUUUGGGUCGUACACGUUUGCGCAUCUCUAAAGUACCCAAACAGAUCAAGUAUGACGACAAGCUUCUUACCGUGCGUAAACUCGAGAUUAUCUACUCACCUGAAACACCAAUAGCCUAUGCUGAAUUUCUCAUAACUGGCGAGGGCAUUGUUAAUGUUCCCUAGGAAUGGUUGAAAUUGCAACUGAAAAAUAAAAUGCUCUGGAGAUUUCCAUAAGUUUUUGUUUCUUCUUGCAUAGAAUAUAGAUUUUUUUUAUUU